GUACCGGCACACUAGCAUACAGAAGGGGGCCUCGCUACGCCCAAAGCCCCAGGCUUGCACAAUUUGUGUUGCCAACGAAAGGACUUGACCACGUACCUGAACCAAGCCGACUAGCCCAGAGCCCGUUGCCUAUGCACCUUAGCCUCGACAUGCAGUGCCAGCUCCACCAGCAGCGCCGCGCGGCGUCGUCGGCGUCAGCCGGCCGCCCCGCUGGCCGCCCGUCGCUGCCGCUCCGCCCCCUCGUCCGCGCCUCCGCCACCUCCUCCUCCGCCCCCGCCUCCUCCAGCUCGCCCCUGCUCGCCCGCCGCGUCGGCUCCGGCGUCACCGCCUCGCCGCUCCGGCCCGGGAACCCGUCGGGCCGCAAUGCCGGGCUGCGCAGCCGCGUUGUGCCGCAGGGCCUGCCCGACCCCGUGGCUGUGGGCCUGUUCUUCGCGCCCGGCCUGGCCAUCCUUGCCUACGCGAUGUGCUGACGGAGGUGAGGGCGCGGGAGUGUGUGUGUGUGUGUGUGUGUGUGUGUGUGUGUGUGUGUGUGUGUGUGUGUGUGUGUGUGUGUGU